CGUGCUGGAAAGAAAGCAGGAAGAUAAGCGGCAAGACGAAGCAGAAGACAAGGACCUGGAAGAGGAAGAGGAGGAGGAUGAUAAUGCGUUCAUCGAUGACACAGUCGUGUCGGGUUAUUCACACAGGCUUCCAGUUGCAUCCUAUGAGCCGGAGCGACCUGCAGAAGAUUCGCCAAAGGAGAGGCAUUUCCCACUAGGGCUUAUGGCAGAGCUGCUGUCUAAGCAACAGGUUCAGCAGUCGGUGGUAGAUGGCGCUGUGCGCGUGUCACCGGGGUCGUCGCCCGUGCCACUUCGUGUGCAGCAGAAGACGAGCUCACUGCCAGACACUGGACGAGCCAAGCCUCCUCCACCGGCUCGCAGCGUCUCCCUCACUAGCAACUCGCUAGAACGCGGCAUGCAGCCGCCGGGCAGCGGCUCCCCGGAGCGUGGCGUGGCGCCACCUGCUGGCCAGUCACCGGCCAAGACGUUUCACGGGCAGCAGGAUAGUACGAGCUCACAGGAGGUGAGACACUCGACGUUCCAGGCGCCGACAUUGCAGGAGCUGAGAUCUGCCAAAGGUCAUCACUCACAGGAUUCAAUCAGCAGCAUAUCAUCACGCGACAGCGGCAACAUCAUCUUAAUAUCAAGCAAUAAGUUGGAGACCAGUGAUACAGUGCCUGCUGCUCCUGCAGGCAUGAUACCGACCGCGCAAGGAGUGAUAGCUGGAGGGAUGCUCAACAUGUCUGAGUAUAGUGGUAGUGGCAGCCGAAGCUACGCCGGUCGUGAUGCUGAUCGUAAGAGUCACAACUGGACGACGUGUAAGGUCACUGACUGGUCAGUGGCGCAGGUGUGCCAGUGGCUUAUGGCUCUUGAGCUGGAGCAAUACAUCCCCGAGUUCAGUGGGAAAAAUGUAGAUGGAAAUCAGCUCCUGAUGCUGGACAGCUCCAAACUAAAGAGUCUUGGUGUGACGGACAGCAACGACCGCGCGAAGCUGAAGAAGAGGAUCAAGGAUGUGCGGGCCGGCUUCGAGAAGGAGAAAAAGCGCGAGGAGAAGGAGCAGAAGGCGCGCGAAAAACAGAUGAAGAAGCAGGGCAGGAAGACGACGGCAAAGUGUUAGCAGCCGAUGAUAACCCUGGUCGCACACCUUUGUACAGAGACGCACGGCGAGUCAGUGUCGGGGGUUGAUUUGUUUGUGCCAGAUCGAAUCAAGGGCUGAACACAGCAGAGCCACCGGGAGGAGCGCGUGGCUGGCUGUACGAACCCUAUGCAAGAAUAUUUUGCUACAAAAUUUAUUUAUUAAGUGUAUACGUGCGUGUGGUGAUGUGUUCUGCUAUCGCGUAGAAGUAACCGGAGAAACUCCGUUGUUCGUGUGGUCGGGAGAUUGAGAAUUUGCAGGUGCAACUAUGAGACCAGUGCAGUGGGGCGUGUAAAAAUCCCCAAUAACCCCCCAUGUGUGCACAUUUAUUUUGCUCUAAUGGCGGAUGUAGGGAAAAGUUUGCUAACGAUUAAAAUCACAGAGUAUUUUCCUCGUAGAUAUUAAGAAGGGAAAACGGACGACGUUUUUUCAGACGAUAUCAUUUUCUACGAUUCCGGUGCUGUCCCUUAGUUACGAUGUCUGCGGUGAGCGGGAGGGGGGGGGGUCUGACACCGACGGUUACGGUGGGUAGGCGACUAAGGAGCUGGAGUGGAGGCGGGUGCAGUCAGAUCCCCCAAGCUGUACGAGUUGUCACCAGGUGUUUGGGCCGCGCGUGGCGGUGCGAUUGCAGAUAUUUUCUCCCCCUUUGUAAAUAAUUUUUUGCGUGGUAGUGCAUGCUUGUAAAGUAUUGCUGGCUCGGAGUUACGCUGAGAAUCGCCAGGGCGAGUGGCUCGCCGGCUGACUGACCCUGGUGGGGGUGUGUAGUAGGAUUCCGGCGUCUGUCGUGAUGGGGGAAUCCGACCGGAUUACGCCGUAGAAAAUGUUGCAAAAUGUUGUACGAAUGUUGGCGUCGACACGAUGAUUUCAUUGCCUCGGCUUUAACGCAUUGCGGGGCACAGAACAGCCGAGCUAUUUAUAACUACAGACACGUUGCGUCUGUGACUGCGCGGAACGUUAGGGAUGUUCUUCCGUGAAUGCGACGCGUGGAUGCUGCUACGCCUCGAUGACGUACAUCUCUCUCUCUCUCGAUUCGUCGUCUCUCACUGGCUCGGUGAUAUGUAAAUCGCUCGUUGUCUCACAAGAACGGUAUCUGGCCGACGAAAAGCUGACAAUGGCUUUUUUUGCGGUAGACGACUCCCGCGCGCUGUGUCGGGUUACUCAAUGUUUUGCCCGUAUGAAAUGCUGAAGUUAUUGCGUGUUUCUCUCAUGCAUGGGUACGGCGCUGGUAAUUUGUCGUGUUGGCACAUCCACGCUCACACUUGCAGUCAAUUACUUGUGGGGCGGGCGUUGUCGGUUGUGCGAUCUCUGUUACACACAGCACACCCUGCAUGUUAUAGAUCACCGGUUUUUAUUGCGCCCAUCACGGCAUGAUUAAAAUUAAUUAGUGAAUUAA